UUCAUCCCAUCAGAGUCUUUAUAAUUCAUUAAUUUGAAAUUUUCCCCUCAUAGUUAUUUUUUUUAAAGUCAUAAAUGACUUUAUAUGUCACAGUUUGGACUGUUUAUUUCAUUAACUGGACUAAUUUAUCUCAUUAUCAUGAAAAAUAUGUCUUUUUCUAUCAUCAUUAUGAAUUUUUGUGUCAGGAAAAUGUAUUUCUGUCUUAUAAUUUUGACUUUUUAUUUCAUAAUCACAACUUUUAUCCGAUCAAUAGGCCUAAGACAUUUUAUUUCAUAAUUUUGACUCAUUAAUAUAUAUUUUGUCUUCUAAUUAUUACUUUUUAUGUUGUAAAUGUAUCUUUUCCCUCACAAUUAUGACUUCUUUUGUCAUAAAUGCCUGUUUAUCACAAUUCUGACUUGUCAGGUAUUUCAUAAUUCGUACUUUUUCUGUCGGAAUAUGACCUUUUGUGUUACAAUUUUGACAUUCUAUUUAAUACUGAUGACUUUUUGUGUCACUAAUAUGACUUUUCCUGUCAUCACUGUCUUUCUGUCUCAUAAUUAGAACUUCGCUGGCGCAGUGAGUAAACCCUUACCGCACUGACACGGACUGAAACAGCCCAGUAAGCAUCCCCCUUAAAUUUAGACCCACUUUACUUUGGUCACUACCAGUAAAUCCGAUAAGCUCCUCAUGAAUAAGUGAGUGAGCUCUCCUCCUCUUCCUCACCUCCUCCUCCUCCUCCUCGACUCUCCGCCCCCGCAGGUCCCGUUAAAUUCCUCCUGCCUGGCAUCAGGUUCCCGGGGGAAAGGGCGGAGAGUUGGCCCCAAACUCCGUCUGUAACAUAAGCGACAGGGAGCAGACGAGAGACAAAACUCAUUUUACCGAAACCUUAGAGGCGAGAAGCUCCGUGGCUCUAAUUAGUGUCAGCCCAGCGAGGGAGGACCGGAGGGCAGGCUGAGGGAGCUGCGAGCCGUGUCGGGAUGAGGCAGGCGUAACCACGACCGCGUAUAUAUAUUAGGGGGACCGGCCUGUUGCCUGCUGCCUGUUGCUGCUCUCCGGCUCUCAGCGUGUGUCUUCGCGGCAGAGGCAGCUGACUGCGGGGCUACAUGGCAGCGAGGCGGACCAGACGCACGACCGGGUCGGAUGUGAGCAGGACCACCGCGGCCCGGGCCGCUGCUGUGGCCGAGCAGCUGCGCUACGAAUGCUCCAUCUUACUGGAACUUUAUAAAAAGAAGGAGAGUUUCUCCGCAGAUGUUUCUGUGGCGGACGGUCGUCUGGUGUCCGUCCCUCCUCCUUCAUCCCAGCUGGACACCAGGGACAAGCUGUGGCGUCUCCACUCCGCUCUGCUACAGUGCCGCAGCCUGCUGGAGAGAGCCAUCAGCAGAGAGGAAGAGGAGCUGGGCGAUGGGACGAAGGCCGAUUAUGAGACCCAGAGGAAGAAGGUGAAGGACAGGUUGUCGCUUCUCUUGAUCAACACAGGGGAGCUCCUCAAAGCUGUCGAUGGCGCGGCCGUCCCGACUCCCAGCUUGGACGGAUUGGAGAUAGACGGCCCGACUGUUCUGUUUGAGCUGAAGCUUUGGGUUUACCGGAUCUACAAAGAGGUGGACUACUGGACCAAAACGACCAUCACCACAUUGCAAGCCCUGCCCUCUGUGUUAGCCAAGGAGCGAGUGAUGGCCACACGAGUCAGGAUCACGAGAAGCGCCCGCAGAUGAGAGAAGUGUGUGUGUGUGUGUGUGUGUGUGUGUGUGAGAAGGAUAAUUGAGAGAAAAUAACGUGGUUGAGGAGAGAGAGAAAGCGGUGAGUGAAGGCCUCAAAGGGGCGAGGAAAUGAAGCGGGAUGUUCAGACAGGGGCCAAAGUGAGAAGCUGAAGGAGAAAGAGGAGUGAAAAUAGCCAUCUGAUAGCGAGACAGAUCCCCACUGAGACAGAGCGAUGAGUGGGUGGGGUUAUUUUAAGGGCAUGAAGCCCCCUUUACAUGAUCACAGGCCUUAGACCAAGAGGGAGUGAUAGGCCAUCACCAUGUUUGUUACUGCUAAUAACAAAGUUUAUUUUUUGUAAGGGACAGUUCACCCCAGAAUUACACAUUUUUUGUCUUGCCUGUAGUUUUAUUUAUCCACCUGGAUUGUUUGGGUGUAUGCUGCAGAGUUUUGGUGAUACCCUCAAAUAUAAUGGAACUAGAUGGCACUUGGCUCAGAGGGGCAAUAAAUAAAUAGAUUUAAAAAAACUCAACAGCGAUGUCUCUCUCUCAUAGUCAUGACUCCGUUACGAAAGAUAAUCGAUAGACCACGUUUUGAGCAGUUUCAUGUAGGGACAAUUUUUUAAUUCUAACUACAGCACCAGUUGUACAGGAAGCCUCCUGUAGUGGUACAGUUACUAGGGUAGCUAACAUUAUGGCUCAGCUGAGGAGGACGCAAUUAAUACAUUUAUCAUCUCGCUCUGUAUGGAUGGCAGGCUUCAUUUAUUAGAAAGAAAUAGUUACGCCUGGGAUGUUAGUGAUUAAUGUUUAAUCGAUUAGUCCCCGUUCAUAAUUUAACCGAUUAAGAAUGUCUUGAUCAACAAUCAGAGAUGGGCACAGAUACUUCUAAAAGCAUUGUGAUACAAAUUAAAAUAAUUUCUUAUCAAAUGUAUUAAAAUAAAGUCCACAUUACUGGUAUGAAAAUGAAAAUGUGUUUAAAAAAAUACAAAGAGACAUUCUAUACUGACUGUUAAUACAUUUUAGCCAUUUAGGAUUCUCUUCAUCAAGCCAGCUGUUGAACAGUGACAUGAAAUGGGUCAUUAUUUUGUGUUACUCAAGCAACUUUGUGUUACUUUAUUGGUUCUUGUAGCUGCUAAUAUAGCCUACUCUUAUUCUGCAUCAAACAGCGAUCUUGGCAGUAGUUGUAACAGUUUUCGUAUGAGAUAACAUCCAACAUGUCUAAUUUCUUAUUAAUGAUUAACCAGUAAUUGACUGUCAAGGCAGCCGACUGUCAGUUAAAUUAAUCCACAGUUCCUACAUGAAUCUGCUUACAGCAAGAUCUGUGGAUUAUCCUGAGUAACUGAGUCAUGAUUUCUGGAAAGAGGAACCACAAGUCGAGAUCCAUCAAGUUCCAUGAAAUUCAAGAGAAGGCAGACAGACUCUAUGAGAGAUAUCUCCAAAACUUGGCAACUCAAACCAAAACAGUAGCGACGCAGGUAAGAGGGAGAGUGUGUAUGUGAUUUUGGGCUGAACUGUCCCUUUAAGUGUUGAAGACUCUAAUACAAUAGUAUAUUUAUUGUUGUAAGAUGAACUCCAACAAUGUAUCCAAGAUUUAGAGUUAUGAUAUCAUUUCUUUCUUUCUUUCUUUUUUCUUUCUUUCUUUCUUUUCAAUUUUAGUGUUGAGGAAACGUGACAUGAUUAACACCAACUUGCACUCCUCUGACACAACCGAAGUUAUUACUUAUUAGUUAUUACACUGCAGCUGAAGCAGGAAAGAGUCAGCGAGGGGCACAUUCAGAUGAAAAUGAGGCCAUUUGAAUUCAUGCCAUCAGCAGACUGUAGCUCUGAUAUGUGUGGUUUUGAAUACUGUGGCUAUAAAUCAUUCCACAAAGAUCAUCUGGGGAUGUUCAGCGUGUGGAGAGACAAAAAAAAAAGAUCUGUGUAACAGCACCCUCUUGUGUUUACAUGGUGCCAUUACAAGGAGGUGUUCUUUAUUUCUUGAUUUUUCCUCAGUAAGGCUUUUGUCAAAUUACCCUGUGUUUAUUUUGUUCUGUUUUUAGGACACUUUCUUAGCAAUGACAUCAUGUUGGACCACGUCACAGGGUUUGUGUGGUGCAACAUUAACAGUCCAACCUGAUGGGAACAGGAAUGGGCACAUGAGCAGCAGGGUCGUGGAAAAACAGUGUAAAUAGUAGAAGUCUGCUUACUUAAGCGAUAAAAGCAAAUUUAGAAUAUGUUCAUUUAUUUGUGACACUGAUUUUUUAUCUCAUUAAAGUGAGAUUAAAAAUCAGUAAAAUGUGACAAUUUUGACUUUCAGUCAUGUGAAAGGAAGAACUUGUGUUUGUUAAGUGAUCUGCUGUCUCGUCAUUGGGCAGUUGCAGCUUGCACUGCAGAAAUCAGUGUACGGUCGAUAGGUGAACUUGGUCAGUCUACACUGGGCUGCGUUACUAAUGAAAUUAGCAUCAGCCGCAGGCUCAGAUUAUCUUUAAUGAUGCAUGAAGCUUUGGGGCAAGAAAAAGAGAAUACAUAUCAAUAUAUAUGAUGAGGUUAUGUAGGGAAAAGCAAGCAAACCAUCACAGUGUUCAGCUGGUGAUCUGACAGUUAAACUUGUGUCAUUUAUGUAGAUUGCACUCAGUUUAUAUUUGUCACAUGCUGGAUGAAUUAUGUGUAGGUUGAUAAACUGUUGGUAGGUGCACUGGGAGUAUAAACUGUGUGAGACUCGAGGCUACCAAACUGUCUUCCGGCUGAAUAUUGUUACCGGAAGGCGACGUAAAUACAUUUAGUCCUUUGAUCUGCGGCGAUGAAUAUCACAGAUCCAAUGUAAGCGCUAAGAAAAUAAGAGCACAAAGUACAAAUGCAUCCCAAAUAUCUAGUUAUUAUAUGCCGUGCAGCACUUUUAAUGUGGUAUCACAUAAAAAAGCAAUAUUACAUGAAUUGCAUUUGCACUUCUGCCUUCGACUGAGGAUGUAUUAUCUUUCCUCGUGCUCCUUUUCAUCUACUCUGAUGAUGAGCUAUCUGCUGAGCUACACAGAGCGUUAAUCUUCUUCAGCUUCCUUCUGUUUUGAGUCGGUUGAUUUGCGGCAUUUGCAGAGCCUAGAGAAAUUUUGACCACUGGGGCUAAAAAAUGCAAGUAUGCUGCCACAGGUGCCACAGAAGAAACGUCAACCAAGGAACCUAAAAAAGAAGAACGGGUCAUUGCGUUACUGAAGCUUCAGAUUCAGUGAUGAAGAAAUGCCUCCAGAGAAUAAAGAACACACUGAAGAGAGCAGGUUUAAUGACUGAUGUUGUGAUUGGCCUGCCGAUCGUUCCUUGAUUUUGUUCGGGAAAGACUCCUGUCGUUGUAGUCCCAUCAGCAAUAUUUGGUCAGACCUGCCCCAUUUGGUCACGAUAUCAUCAGCCCUGUCAAUCAUUUGGACAAUAAAAUCAGUCAUUAACCUGCUCUCUGAAGUGUGUUCUUUCACAGUCUUCUUCAGAAGACACACACAAAGGAGUUAGGUUGGGUUUUGGUGUGUUUCUCCAUGCAUCGCUCCCCAAAGCAAGAUUCAAUAAACUAAUGACUCUUUCUUCUUUUUUCCUUGGCGAGAACGGGGGAAGCGAGUGAGUUUAAAGGCUGAUCAGACACAAGAGGAGCAGCAUUUUACUGUAGAAAGUUACCGCGGUCACAAUCGCGUUACUCUCCGUUACUAAACCGAAGAGUCACCCUGUUAUAGUAUAUAUAGUAUUCCACCAGCACUGGAACUUCUGUUGCCAAUGCAUCGGCCCCACUGAAUUGAAUGAGGCUGCAUAUCUUUGACUUUGCAGUGGUAUUGUCUGUCCGAAUGCAGCCUUGGAGCCGGAACGUUAGCUAAAUGGGACAUCUAAGUAGUCCCAGUUUCUUCACAUUAAAGCCCUCCAUUGCUUUCUAUGUGCCACACACAUCAUCUGUCAGAGGCGGAUUGACCUUCACCAGACUCAAAACAGUCCGUCCUCUUCCGGCACAUCACAGGAAGUGCAGCUAUGGGGUUACAUUCCUGACAAACAAGAUGUUUUUAUUUGUGUAUUGAUUGAUUGUCGUCCCCCCCUUCACAAUACAUUUUUGUUACUGUGUCUUCUUUACCAAUGUAGUUUGUUCCACCGCCAGGCGCCCUCUCUUUUGACCUCUGGUGCAGGGAGAGCUCGCUCCAGAGAAAUGGCUCAAAGCACAAAGAGAGGAUUAGGUUACCAUCACAUCUGUCUAUAAGCGGCAAUCAUUCUGUCACUCCAUCGACACAGUCGAUGGAGUGAUAAACUGCCUUAUCAUAAAGAUGAUAUGAUUAAACUCUCUUUAUCCCGAAUGGUCUGCUAAAUGUUUAGAUGAAUUGUCUCAUCUUUGGAGUUUAUGGUCAAGCAAGAAUAAUCCUUGCAUGGCUUUAUUUGUGCAACAACUGUCCCGCUCUGUACAAUUUGAUCCUCGUUAAAAUGUUAACAAAGGAGACCAGACACCGAGGCUGGAUUUAAUCUGUGGGCUGUCAAAUCUAUUUUGUAUUUCUGUUCAUCACUGUAGUACAGAAAUCUCCUCAGUGUCUUAAAACAAAUCUGUCUUCUAGAAUGAAAACCAUCCUCUCUUGACAUUUUCAAGUUAAGCCCCUUUCAGACAUGGAAUCUGUAACGUUGAUGGUGUUCUUCUACCUGUUUCAAAUAUACAGUUCACUGAUAGUUCUGUGAUGCAAGACUAAACAAUGUGCUGGAGCUGCAAUCAACAAAUGUUGUUGUGGCCAUGUGUUAGUUUUUUGAUUGAUUGUUUUCUCGAUAAAUUAUCAGACAUCGGUGCGGCCCAUAGAGCCAUCUUAGUUUUCUGCUAACUUGAAGGGGACUAAAACAAUGUAAUGGUGUAGCUUCUCUAGACUUUCCAAAUGUUUUUAGACCAAAUGGCUCAAAUUCUGACAGUGAAAUGAAUGAUUUUCUGGAGGUUAUGACACUGAAAACCAGAAGCACUGCAUCGUGCUCGUAUGCCCGGCGGACCAGUCAGGCUUCUGUCCCUGAGCUGUGCGGUUGAAUAACGGCCAGAACAAUUUUUUGCAGAUUAUAAUGAUGUCACAGAGCAUUUAACCUCUGGCCUUUUGGAUAUCAAACGCCAUGACUUCAUCAUUUAAUCCUGUUACACAUUUGAAUCAAAUCUUAUUGUAAUUAUUAUAUGAAUUCUUGAGUUAUGUCCAAAUAUAUGAUUUGUGAGGUCACAGUGACUUUGACCUCUGACCCUUGGCCACCAAAUUCUGACGACUUCAUCCAGAUGUCAAGGUGGACGUUUGUUCCCAAUUUGAAAAAUUUGCUUAGCGCAUUCUGAGCAUGUACAACAGUGGUACAUAUGCACAAAUGUAUGCUGCUUCUUCCACAACAUAGGCAGCUUAUGGAAAACCGUCUUUUGGGCCAAUGUAAUGCUGUAAUUACAUAAUUUGGCCACUAUGUAAAACUGGUGUCACAGCCUGGUGCAGUUACUAGGGACUCUCUCCGUAACACACACACACAAUGAUUGAUUAUAAAGUAAUGAAAACAUCCGUCUGCCAAUAGAUCCCCCUAAAUCUCACACACUGCAACAUCAAGACCAAAAGUACAGCCAAUAUGUAUUCAUAUUUUAGAAUCUGGAACAAGUGAGAUAUUGACAUUUUGGCUGAAAAAUGUCUCAACCAACCAAAAAGAGCUGAUGAAGUAACGGGCCGAUUAAUCAACUAAUCACUUCAGCAAUAUCGUAAUUUACAGAUAUUGUGCAAGAUAGGACUCAAGCCUGCAGCGUACUGUCAUGCUGUGCUGUUGUGAUAAGACAGUUCUGUCACAUCAGCUUUGGACCAAUGUCCAGUCAGUUUCUGUUUUUUUUUUUUUUUUGCAAAAGUAGCAGAAGUCUCUCGACUGAGUCAAAUCUGCUGCCUCAAACUGUCCUCUGUGAUCAAAGUGCAGCACUCUAAGCUUCGUUCCCACUGUGCCGUGAUUGGUUUGCACACUAUACUCAAAAUGCUCACAUGUAAGAACACUGUAAUCCUGACCUUGCUUUGACUGGUAACUUGAGCCAUGUAGAAGAACAUUUUACAGAAAUGUGGCCUUAAAGGAUUCAGUCCCUUGUUUGAAAGUAGAUUUUACACAUUAUUUCAUGUCUAAAGGGGCUUAAUGCAACGUUAGAGUAGACCAGCACUAGCCCUCAGUUUUAUUUUGAAUGUCAGGGCCAAAAUGGGGAACAUGACAGCUUUAACAUUGUUCUUUGUUUUUCAUUGAAGUUACCAAAAACUUGGUGGAGAGAGCGUCGGUUGAUGCAUUGUGAAUAUGACACAUGAGCGAUGUACUGUCUUUUUUAAUGUUUGUCUGAACUUUGGAAUGGUGUACAAACUUAUUUAUUGACGACUGGACUUCUGACGGUGUGCGAGUGGGUUGAAAUAAAUUGAUCUUGGCUAUAA